CGUCUCAGUCAUGUCAAACAGCAGCGCCUUAAUCAUCGCUCAGAAGGCAGUGAAGCAGCUGCGCAUGGAGGCCAGUGUCCCCAGGAUGAAGGUUUCUCAGGCUGCUGCAGAACUGAAGACUUUCUGUUUGCAAAACGCCAACAAGGACCCUCUGCUCACUGGUGUGCCCUCCAGUGAUAACCCGUUCAGGCCUCCCAAGUCAUGUGUCCUGCUCUGAGGUGUGAGUGUUCCUCUCCUCUCUUUGCCUGAAGACUGUGAAGGAGUGAAAAACCUGAAAAAGAUGCUGCGAUGGGGAUUUCUAUCAUGUGCCCCUCUGCCUCUGAAGAUAAAGAAGUCAAGACCAUACACACUCGCACGAACACACACACACACACACACACACACACACACACACACACACACACACACACACACAGUGUUUCACUGGGGAAGCAACACAGUAAAAACAGUAAUACUUUCUGUAUUUAUACAUGAAGUAUUGGUCUUCUCGAUGUUCGGGUGUCUAUAAGAUGGUAAACACAUCAGCUCUUCUCCUGUCAGCCUCUCCGUUUAGGGGUCGCCACAGCGGAUCAGCUGCCUCCGUCUUGUCCUCUCUAUUGUGUCCUCUUCUGUUACACCAGCUGUCCUCAUAUCCUCCUUUGCAACAUCCAUCAUCCUUCUCUGUGGUCUUCAUCUUUCCCUCCUGCCUGGCAGCUCCAUACAUCAGGACGUAAAGCUGCAGUAGAUUAAAUCGCUAGAAACAUUGUUUUGAUUGUUAAAUUUCAUGUGCAGGAUGUUUGGGGACCGUAGUCCUCGUAGCUAUCAGAUGAGCACAGAAUGACGCACCUGCGUCUCCUGAAGCACCUGAUGUUGUUAAUUGCUAUUAUUUUCCAACUUUCCUAUUGACUCUUUCCCUUUUUUAGGUUUCUUUGCUGCAUAGUUUUCUCUUGCUGAGGCUGGAGUAGUGAUCAUUUCACGUAGGCUUCGUUCACACCUAGUAUUGACAUCUUACCUUAGUGAUCUGAUCACAAAUGACUGAAGACUUUGCUUUAGAGUGCGUACUGAAUGCAUCAACCCAUCUGUGACUACACAAGAUCUGAUCUGGCUUCACCUGCCCUGUACUCAAAUACACACUGAUAAUAUUUACAUCUGACUGUGUGUGUGUGUGUGUGUGUGUUUGUGUCUGCUUGAGUGACAGAAAGAGAAAAAAAGAAAUGAGAGAUGCGCCAGUGAAUGAAAACCCCACUCAUGCUGCUGUAACAUGAAAUAAAAUUCAGAAAAAAGAACUCAUGUAAUGAUCAGAAACUACCGCUGGUCAGGGGACAUCAGCUGAGGAAGCGGCUGCAAAUAUGUCAUGAGGACAGAGUACACCGAUGCAGCUCAGGAAUGUGGCCAUAUCUGUCCUGAAACCAUCUGAAAUCGAUCUGCAGAUGUUUUCAGGACAGAUUGGGGGCGUGAUUUGGACAUGAUAGGAUCGCUGAGGAUGGAUGUUAUUACCAUGUCUGGAUAGGGUCUUAAGGGACCUGUUUGCAGAGUAUACCUGUAACAGAGCACUGUCUUAUUGAACGGAAGUACCCUCUCUCUGAGCUGUGCUCUGUGACUGGUCAAAGUCUCCUGUCAUGGGCCAGAUUUCCCCAUGGUUGGAAACAAAGUCCAGAAGAGUGUGCAAUGUCACUCUCUGUCUCAGAUAACAUGAUUUAUAUUAUACAUCAAGUUAAACGGAUCACUUAACCUCAGAAAGUCCAUCCUACCUAUUCUACCUUUAAUGCCAAACAUGAUACACUGUUCAAUUUAUACUGUGCAUACAAUCUCAAUCUAUGUGUAAUUUUACCAUUCCCCAUUAAAAGUAACUAUGUGUUUGUCA